CCAGCAGCUUUCUCCUUCCCAGCCCCGAAGUGUGUGGGGGGGCCUGCAGUAUCGUGCAACCCCCCCUCCCCGCCCCCCGUUCCACCCAUCUUUGUCGGUCAGAGUUGAUUUCAUUCUUCCAGAUCUUUUCCUCCUUGGUUUUUGGGACCCGACCCUCCCCUCCCCCGGUGCCCCCAGGUUUUAUUUGGGGGCAGGGGUUAUUUGUUCAUAGCAGGUUUUCCCCCACCCUAGUGCCCUUUCUAAACCUUGCCCCCAAACCCGAAGCCUCCCCCCCCAAUUCCAAGGCCCCUGGCUUUUUGUGACACCCAGCAUGGCACCCCCUGGCAGCAAACCCACAGGCGGCAGCAACCUGUUUGCCUCCUCCCAGAUUGUGGCAGCCGGUCUCCCCUCCACCCCCACUGUUCUUCUCCACAGCAGACAACAGCCUGUGGCUUCCUACCUUGCAGGGUCACACCCUCCUGCCACCUGCUGACAGCUGCAGCUCCUGCUCCUCCCCGGCAGACAGCCAGCCCCUCUCUUGGACAUCAGCCGUCACCCUAGGGCUUCAGCCUAUCCCCGUAUCCUGAGGGCAUUUCCGACGCUGUCCACAGACCUCUCUGACCUGACCGCUCCUGACACCUCAGGGACCCACUGCCCUGAAACCCUCCGCCCUUCUCAAGAGACUGGAGAGUCAUGCCACCUCAACCUCAAGCCCACAUGGAAAACCUGCUUCCCUUACCACCCCUAAAGACUCCCAUUUCAGCCUGCAUGGCUUGGGGCAGUGUAGGAACGCACAGGAGGAUAGCUCUCAGCCCCACGGCUGCCACAGCCAAGGGAGAGCACAGGCUACCCCCUCUACCCAGGGUUGGCUCUUAGACCAGGCCUUUCAGGAAAAGUAAAUCAGCCCCCCCCCACCCCCGUUCUUUCCAGCCCCAGAGGCUGAGCGUCUCCAGCAUAUGACAGCUGGCGGUAACAGAAACAGGAGCAAAUGGCCCAGCUUUCUGAGGGACUACCUGCCUCCCAGGACCCAGGGGGUCUUCACUACUGCCAGCUCCUGUUCCCCAACAAAUCUGGACCUGGCUAGUCCCCAAGGGUCACACCUGAAAGAGGGCAUUUCAACCCCAUCUCUCCAAAGUUAGAAAAGCAUCAAGCACAAUCCUCUCCCUUCACUUCCAAUACUCCCACCCUCCUGGAUGCCUUCAUGACCCCCAAGCCCCUGCCUCAGUUUCACCCAGAUGACAACAUCACCAAGAAGAGCCUCCAUCACGAACGGGGACCCCCUAACUGGGGAGCAUCGGGCUGCUGGCACUUGUAUGGGCUCGGUAGGAGGGGUCAUCUCCGGGCAGGAAAGGGCUCCCAUCAGUUGCCUCUCCAGCAUCAGGCCAGGCCCAGGCGCACAAAGCCUAGGCGACACCUGCAGCUCCCACUUCUGCCUCCUCCACAACAGGGACAGUUCUGCGCAGCUGGAACCGGCAAGCAGGAUCUGCAGAUGCCGGCGGCCAGCGCCGCGCCGCGCCGCGCCCGUGCCGGCAGUGCGGACCCCCCUUCCCGGAUGGCCGCUCCAGCCGUGUCCCCAGCUGUGGACGCACUCCGGAUGGCAAGCGCGACUGAUUCCGAGUGUCAGUGCCGGGGCCCCGCAGAUGCAGAGCGGCAGGACUCAGCAGGAAAAGGCCGGGAUGAGGCUAGGGGCACGGGCGGCAGGGUGGACUCCGCAGCCCAGGGCAGCGGCAGUCUUCACAGGCGCACACAGAUGAAGGCGGCUCCCUGGGACGCGCCUCCUCCCGCAGCCUUCAUUGGCGCAUCAGUGCCGCCCCCCGUCUCCCUGGAAACAGUAGGCGUUUGCGGAGCACCCCCAUCCCCACCCUGGUGAUGCCCCGCAUUUCUGAGGACUUGUGGAUCAGGCCUCUUCCCUCCAGCCCUAGGUCAGCGGUAGGGGUGGGGUGCAGCGGGUGCUCUGGCUUCUUGGCCUCAGCAGGACAGACUCAUGGGAAAUUAGGGCCAGCUAGGGAGUCUAUCUAUGGAUGGUCAACUUUCUCGCCCGCAAAGUGUUAGCUGGCUGCAUUGAGGGGGUCCCUCUCCAGCAGAACACCAGAUCUCCACUGCUGUUUGUGCACUCAAAGGUUUCCCAGUCCUUCCUAAUAUCCCCUGCCCCGAGCGAGGAUCCAUCCCCAUUAGGGCCUGCCUCCAGUUCCCUAAGCUUCUCUCAGCCUUACCAGCCAACCUGGAACUAAACUCCUCCCAGACCACACUCUCCAUCUAGGGCCCUGGCCCUCCUGAGACAAUGGCAGCUCUCCCACUCUGCUGAUCACCCCCCCUUUCCAACCUUUGCUUCCAGUUGGGGAAAGCCACCUACUCACACUUCCUCCCUGAAAUGUAUAGGUCCCCUCAACCUUCCUAGUCUCAUUGCUGGGGACACAGGAAUCCGCUGGGUGAGCAGCUGUUCGACCAAGGGGCGCUGGACCCCGAAGAUUCCCUCAAAGAAAAGGGUCUACCCCAAAACCCUAAUGGCUGCCCCCUAAGCUACCUACCUACUCUCUGCUCAGGCCACCCAACCAGUGAAUGCCAGGUAGGAGGUGCCUCAGCAUGGCAAAAGGUCCCACUGAGGCAAAAGGUCUUGCCCCAGUAUCCAUGGCUCAUGCUACGCUCUUGGAACACGCUGGAGAUGGAGAGGACCUUGUGUUUAUGUCUACCAAGACCACGUCCUUGUGACUUGGCUACGGGGCAGAGCCCACUCAGAGCUCGGGGUGCCGCUCCACCAACUCAGCAAACCUCAGCCUUGCUUUUCUGUUCAGAGUCAAUCCCCGAGUGGAGAUUCAGGCAGGAUGUAUGGGAAAGGGAGGGUUCAUGCCUUGUCCCAGGCUCUACACGGUUUUCUCAUCUAGCUGAUCCACCAGUCUGCUUCUGGGCCACAGGACAAUGGAGAAGGUCUCCAGGACAGAUUAGUCCUGCUUCCUCAGAUGUGUCUACACGGGAUAAAGGGACGCAAUCCAGGCUCCUCCUCAGCCCUGUAAAUACCGAACUGGUGGUCACAACCCAGCCAGGAUGGAGCUGGGGGUAAAAGCCACUGGCUGCCAGCCCAGCUGUUCCUACUGGCCCGGUAGCCACCUUCCUGGGCAUAUCCCCUACCUCGCUGCAAAGGCUGCUCACCUCUCCCUGGCAGCCAUGCCAGCUCUCAUGUUAAAACACCUAUAAAUACAACGGGUAGGGGCACCUUUGCCCAGUGUGGGCAUUUCUGGAACAAGGCUACUGCUAUAACUAACUCAGAACUUCUUCCUCCAAACAGGUUCAAGAAGCAGGACAGCCAGAAGCUUGUGGUUAAGGGGAAUGUCUUAGUUAGGCUUCUAUUACUGUGAAGACACCAUGACCACCACAACUGUUAUAAUGGAAAACACUGAACUGGGGUGGUUCACUGAUGGUUUUAGAGGUUCGGUCCAUUAUUAUCACGGUGCUACAUGGUAGUGUGUAGGCAGACAUGGUGCUAGAGAAGGAGUCCUACAGCUUGCAGGUAACAGGAAGUGGUCUGAGAAACUAGGCGUGGCUUAAGCAGAUGAGACCUCAAAGCCUGCCUCCACAGUGACACUUCCUCCAACAAGGCCACACCUCCUCCAACAAAGCCACACCCCCUCCAACAAAGCCACACCUCCUCCAACAAAGCCACACCUCCUAACAGCGCCCCACCCUUAGGGGGCCAUUUUCUUUCAAACCACCAUAGGGAACGUGGGAGAUGAGUUCUCAUCCAUAAAGGCUGUUACUCCUAGCACCUGGUCAGUGUCACACAAACUAGGGUUCGGGGUUAGAAUCACUUUAUCAAUACACCUUGUCUACCACUGACAUGGUGGCAUACAGAGAGCCAAAUCAGCACAUCCAAGGUCGGUGGCUGGCAAUGGCCAUGUGAGCAGUGCUGGUCUCCCUGGAUUCCCAUCCCAGGGGAAUUCCCGGGCGGAAGCUAAAGACUGCAGCAGGAGUCAACACGCUCUGUUGAGAGGCAGCUUCCCCAGGCUGGGCUGCCCAGACGGCACCUGUGUUUGCCCUACAAGGGCAUGCGUGUGGCUUCCAGCUGUGGUCCCACCCUGCCCUGCAGGCACAAUUAGAGCAGGGUAGAAGGGAACCCGGAUGUCAGUUACAUUUUAUACUUUAUUUCUUACAUGCAUUUGUAAGUGUAUGUGCCUGUGCAUGAGUGUGUGUGUGUGUGU